UUAAACCUUUAACCUAUGGACCUGGCACAUGCGCGAAGUAUUGUCAAUCUGGAAUUCCCGCCGGUGGCAUUAAAUCAAACUACUUUUAGCAGUCACGAAACAGUUCAAUAUUAUUGGUGCAGUUCCUCCAGCUCUGAUGACAGCGCAGACAGCAGCGACAGUGGGGAAGCCACUGGUAUAGACUUCGGUAGUGCCGCUAAUGACGACAGUUCUACAGAAUGUUCUAGAACUUUUGGGAAUAUUACAGUUACAGUUGUGAAGGAUGAAAUAGCCAAUCAACAGGUAGAUGUGAUCAUAAACAGUACAGCAAAGAACCUUGACCUUAAAGAAGGUGCUGCCUCCAGAUCUCUUCUAAAAAAGGGAGGCAAUUCUAUACAGCAAGAAUGUCAGUCUAAAUAUAGUAACGGUAUCACCGAAGGUGAAAUUGCCAUCACCACAGCGGGUAAUCUGCAGUGCCAGCAGAUAUAUCAUACCUGUUUACCUCCCUGGAAUGGCGGGAAAAAUAAAAUGGCGGCACAAAAAUUGGUGCUCAAAUGUUUACAAGAAGCUGCGAACUCUGGUCACACGUCAUUAGCUUUUCCGGCUCUCGGAACAGGAAAUCUCAACUAUGAUAAAGACUAUGUCGCCAAGACGAUGUUUGCUGGAGUUGAGAAAUUCAGUUUGAAUAAUCCCAGCUCCUCGGUGACAGAUGUCAAAUUUGUGAUAUUCCCAUCCGAUUAUGCAACCUUACAGGCAUUCAAAGUGGCAGUUAACAAAAAGAAAGAUACAGUAAAGGCAAAAGAAGGAGAUACCUCCUCCAGGACUGAAUGUAGUGUGAAAGUGAAGAAUUUGACAGUGAACCUCACUGUGGGACAGCUACAUGAGCAACAGACUGAAGUUGUCAUGACCACCAGCACACGUGGACUAGAUUUGAAACGAGGGACGUUGAGUAAUUCUGUACUUGAAGCUGCAGGUCCAGCUUUACAGGUAGAAUGCAAGUCCAAAUACCCAAAGGGUAUACAGCAUGGGGAAAUAGCCAUACUUGCACCAGCCAACAUAAGCUGUAAAGGUAUCUACUGUGGUGCUCUUCCUAGAUAUGAUAAACCCCAAGAUGGUUCUAAUCCUAAACAGCUUCUUACAACUCUUGUCACAAAGUGCUUACAACAAGCUAGCACCGAUGGUAUGACAUCGAUAAGUUUCCCGACCCUGGGGACGGGCUUUCUCAUGUACCCUCCAAAAGUGUCAGCCAGUAUCAUGUUGAAAGCCAUCAGUGACUUCUCCACAAACAACAGCAACUCCACGGUGAAAACUGUCACCAUUGUCCUACUGGCAUUAUCCUCAAACAUUCAGAAAAAUCUUCAGCCAUUCAAGUCUGAGUGUGAAUCCUGCAUGCGUAAACCUCCACCUCCACCAGUAGCACCUAAACCAGUCCGUCCAAAAUCUUUUGGAUGCUCUUCAUCUCGCCCGAUACCAAGACCUAGGAGAAAAGUUGUCACACCUGAAACAAGUUCGGAAUCCCCAGAACUUUCUUCGGAGAUUUUUCCGGAACGUGGUACACCAGAAUUUUGUAUACACAUGUAUCAGAAUGAUAUUUUUCCGCCUUCUAACUGGUCUGUGUUCACUCCGAAUAGAAAAGUGAAGGAUUGGAAAGUUGAACAAAAGGGAAAACCAGCCUAUACUCUUAAAACUGUAGACCAGUCUACCUUCCAGAAAAUAGAGAGACUGGUUCAGAGCACUUGGGAACCAGCCAAAAUAGGUCAUGGUCGUGAUGCCAAAGGACUUGGUGACCUUAAUUUCAAGUCGUUGAAGGUCACAAAGAUUGAACGGAUAGAGAAUUUGACCCUGUACGAGCAAUACUGCCAGAGGAGACAACAACUCUUCCACAAAGCUGGAGAAGGUCCAAUGUUCCAACAGUUAUCCAGCAUUCCUGGUGUGAAGCAUGGCUGCUCGAAAGUGGAGACCUACCUGGAUGCUAGCUUUAAGAAAAAUCUGUACCCUGAAAUUAAUGAGGGCUAUUACUUCCAUGGCACAAAGACGGACCGAGUUCAAGGCCUGUUGAAGCAGGGCCUUGACCCUAGAAUGGCACAGGGUGGGGUUGUGCUGGGGGCUGCUGUUUAUAUGGCAGAGAGCUCAACAAAAGCUGACCAGUACACAGACGAUAGAGACAGUAGGCAGAAGACAGGACUUCAGAUGUUCCUGGUUAAAGCAAGUCUAGGAAAGAUUUGUUUGAUGAAGGAAGUACAGAAACUUGUACGUCCACCAUGUUGCGAAACGAACUGCCAGAAGGCCGACAAAUGUGAUCACGAUAACAGAUACGACAGUAUUGUUGCUGAGGAGAAAUAUAUUUUCCGAGAGUUUGUUGUUUACGAUAGCCACCAAGUCUAUCCAGAGUAUGUUAUAACAUAUAACAGAGUGUAAAAAUGUCAGCUACAUACCAAACAGACUUGGAUAUAAACUAAAUCAGAAUGUAAGAUGUGCAUAAGAUAUGCCAUUUUGAUGGCCAUAUCUCCAUAUUUAUGUUUAUAGAAAUCAAAAAAAGUAUUUUUUGCUAAUUAUCAUAAAUGAGUGAAAACAAGAUUAAAAAGAAUUUCAGUUUUUAGACCUGUAAUUUGAUAAAUCUUUGAUAAUUAUGUACAUGUGAUUUUAAAAAACUGUGUUAAUUUGAUAUACUAUAGAUUGGGUAAUUUUCGCAUUGGCUUUAUAAAGCAAUUUUGGUAAUGUAAUUAAUUACAUUUGUAAUGUAAAAUUAAUUACAUUUGUAAUGUUAUUGUUAUUGAAUUAAUUACAAUUUGCAAUGUAAUUGUUAUUGAAUUAAUUACAUUUUCUGAAAAUAAAUUUAAUUAUGAUUUUAGUUUAAAGAAAAAAUUCAAAGUGUGACUGUAAUUUUAUGUAUUAUAUUUUAAAGUAUUUGACCCCAGGUCUGGCAGUUUCAUGUUUUGCAGCCUCAUUUGCAGUAUUAAGAAUUUGUGAAACAAGUGUAUGUGAUUUAGAACAUGAUGCAGAUUUAUAUAACAUAUUUUGAAUUUGUUAGUGGCAAUAUUCCGUAUUAGCGAAAAUAAACCAGUUGCGAAUAUUACUCGAUUUCCCUUCGUGCACAUUAUAUUGAAAUUACAUUAUGAAAGUAGGACAUCUCUAAUUUUAUUCUAUAAAUAUAAAAAUGAAAUGGACAUUUUGAUACUAAAAGGUCCAAGUAUUUUUUUGUUAUUGUUAUACUGUUGAUUAAUGUUAUAAAGGCAUAUAUAUAUAUAUAUAUAUAUAAGCUAAUUGCAUAACAAACCUGUUUAAAUA